AUGGUUCAAGCCACCCAGUUUCGUGGCUCGACUUCCGGAAAGGUAAUCCAGACGACUGCUGAACUCCCCGACAUCAAGGCCGAUGAAGUCCUAGUCAAAGUAACCGACAGUGGUCUCUGUGGAAGUGAUCUUCACUUCAUGAAACUGCCACUGGUGCUUGGACAUGAAGGUAUCGGAAUUGUCGAACAGGUUGGCUCGUCCUGUUCCCAACUGAAAGUAGGCGAUCGGGUCGGAUGGGGAUCGAUCAAUUCGACCUGCGAUGUGUGUGACAUGUGCAUGUCUGGCAGAGAUGCUUAUUGUCCCAGUGUCAAAAUGUAUGGUGUAGAGGGCUAUGACACCCAGGGCUCGAUGUGCAGUCAUGCCGUGAGAAAAGAACAGUGGCUCUUUAAAGUCCCCGAUAGUAUUUCUUCCGCCGAUGCGGCACCCUUGAUGUGCGGUGGAGGCACAGUAUGGGCACCAUUAGUCCAGCGAUGCAAGUCCUACGAACGGGUGGGUAUAGUUGGCAUCGGUGGCCUGGGUCACCUCGCCAUCCAAUUCGCGGCCAAGAUGGGAUGCGACGUUGUUGUCUUCUCGUCCACUGAAGAUAAGCGCGAUGAAGCCCUGAAACUCGGUGCCAAUGAGUUCUACGCCACCAAGGGAAUCUCCAACUACGCGACUCUUGGAGUCACCAAGCCCAUCGACAAGCUUCUCAUCACCUCCUCUGCCAAAUACAGCUUGGGUGUGUUCUACCCGGUCUUGGCCCGCAAUGCAAGCAUCAUUCCCUUGUCUGUGGACUCGGGGGAUUUGACCGCUCCGUAUAUGGCUACUGUCUUGCUAGGACACAGCAUUGUCGGAAGUUGUGCGUCGAGUCGCUAUCCCCAGAAUAAAAUGAUUGACUUUGCCGCUCGUCAUAAGAUUUCGCCCAUCGUGGAACGGUAUCCUAUGACUCUUGAAGGUGUCACUGAAGCGAUAGACAGAUUACGGAGUGGAAAGAUUCGUUACCGGGGUGUUCUUAGCUGGGACUAA